AUGGCUUCAGGAGGAUUUGGUGGCUCACUCUUCGGAGGAAAUAAAGGAUCAUCGAUUUUAGGAACCGGCCAGCCCGCGCAAGCAGGCACCUCAGGCUUGUUUUCUACAAAUCAACAACCGAUUCAACAGCAGCCGCAACCACAGCAGACAUCACAGAACCCACUGCCACCGCUGGCACAAUCGACGCAAUCCACCCAAGCUACACAGCCUGCCUUCUUCAACAGCCUCCUGGAACGAGGAAAGAAACGUCCAUUUGCCGCUGGGUCGCAGGAUAACAGUUAUGGGGAAUUGCCUAGCCUUCAGUUAGGCCUUGAUGAUAUUCGCCGGAAAGCUAGGGAGCUUGGUGGCCAGGAUAAAAAAGCCACGCGUCAACCAGGACGUGAUCAAAAGGCACAUUAUCUCCUCGCCGCGUCAGGUAUUUCGCCGGGACAUGCGCUCCGCGAUCUGAAAGCCCUCGAUUCUCAGGCAUCUAUACCCAGCCCCUUCAAGCAAGCCGAAGGCUUCGACCCUGAUAAUGCGAAAUUCAUGAAAAAUGUACAACAGCGCGGUCGACAGGCUAUGGUUGCAGAAAGCCUUGCCCGUGUUCACCGAGAUUUUGAUACCUUCUUGGAGGAAAAGGUUAACAUGAAUUGGGAUGACCAACGCCGCAAGAUCUUUCAACAUUUUGGUCUAUCGUCUCGGGACGAUUUGGCAGGUGGUGACAGUCUCAAUCGGGGCUCAUUUGGGCGCUCUGCUACACAUCCCAGGCAGCCCGGCGGUGCGACAGGCACUCGAAGUAUAUUUGGGCGCUCUGGUUUGGAGAAAUCUGUAAUUGGACAACCUGGUGGUUCUCUUUCCAGCUCGCAGCUUUUUGCAGAUCAUGGCGAUAGGGGCGAAGCUGGAGUUCAGGGUCCGGACACUCGCUUUUUGCGCGAGAAGAUGAGCCUCUUUGCUAGGAAGGUUGGAGAUCUCAAUGCGGCAAGGCUUGAGGAAAAACCAUAUGCCAUCUUCCAUGAGUUCGGCAGUGUAGAGGACCAUCCUGGUGGUGAUGUGCCACGACAACUAGCGGGAGCCUACCAAGCUCUGAUAUCUAUGACUGGAGAAGCACGCAAUGUGACCAGUUUCGGGGAACUCGGCGCUAUCAAGGAGAGGGAGUUUGCUAGUGACUAUCUGAACGAAUUAACCACAUCAAAAGGCGCUACCAGUUUGAGGAAAAGGAUCGUUGAGGGCUCUAGAGUAUACCUGGAGAGGCUAUUCUACUCCGAAGUUGAGGCUGUCAUUGUGAAGAACCCACGUGAAGCACAACUGGGUGGAAUUCCCUCGACCAUCAAUAGAAUUCGCGCAUACAUCCGCCUUCGUGCUGCCAGAAAAGAUCUCGCACCAGACGGAACGGAACUACAAAUAGUCGGCGAAGAUUACUGUUGGAUUUUGAUAUUCUUCCUACUUCGAUGCGGCUUUGUGACUGAAGCUGCGGAAUAUGUCAGCUCUGAUCCAGGUUUCCGAUCACUUGAUCAUAAGUUUGUUACGUACAUGACCACAUAUGCGCAAAGCAGGAGGCUGCCGCGAGAUUUGCAACAAAAGAUUAAUGGAGAGUACCAACAACGUCUGCGAAAUGCGCCAGAGAAUACCAUUGAUCCUUACCGGAUGGCUUGUUACAAGAUCAUCGGUCGAUGCGACCUGGGCCGCAGACGAUUAGAUGGUGUUGGCCAGGGCGUUGAGGAUUGGAUGUGGCUGCAGUUCGUUCUAGCCAGAGAAGAUGACCGUGUGGAAGAAUUUGCAGGGAAUGUCUUUGGUCUUGAGGAUAUUCAAACCGACAUUACAGAAAUCGGUCAACGCGUAUUUGCAAAAGGACAAGACACACCAGGCGGUUAUGGAACAUUUUUCCUCUUGCAAAUAUUGGGCGGCAUGUUUGAACAAGCAAUUUCGUAUCUUGGGUCUCAUGCUCCGGUUAGUGCUGUGCACUUUGCAGUUGCCCUAGAUUACUACGGACUUUUGCGUGUCGCAGACUUUUAUACAGGCGGAGAGGAGAUUCUAUCCUUUACAACGAAGCAAUUCCCACAGAUCAACUUUGCCUACUUGAUCACGCAAUAUACGCGUGAAUUCCGGACUGGCAAUGUUGAAGCAGCUAUCGAUUAUUUUACACUUAUUUGUCUGAAUGCCGAUUUGCCCGGUGCACUCGGAAAGUCGCAAGCAUCUGUUUGUCAUGAAGCCUUACGAGAGUUCAUCUUGGAAACUAGAGAUUUUGCGAAAUUGCUGGGUGAUAUUAGGGCAGACGGCGUGAGAAUCAAGGGUGCUAUAGAACGACGACUUAAGCUCAUCAAGCUCGUCGACCAAGACGAGUUCCUCAGAACGAUCACAGUGCAAGCAGCAACAGUUGCAGAUGACAAGGGGUUAAUCGCCGACGCAGUACUUCUCUACCAUCUCGCCGAGGACUACGAUCAUGUCAUUGAAAUUAUCAACCGCUCUCUAUCAGACACCGUCGCACUAGAUCUAGGUCAAUCAGUCUCAGACUUUCAACCCUUAAAGCCCAGAGUUGAACAGGGGGCGUCAGAACCGGGCAGCAGCCUCAGUUUGACGACUGUCGACGAUCCCAUGACUUUGGCCAGGAACAUGAUUAGUCUCUACAAUAGCAACGCACUCUACUACCAAAAGAUUCGCCAAAUCCACCGCGAUGCAUGCGGGCUGUUGCUCCGAAUGUUGAAAGCAAAGGGUCAAGUUGAAAUCGGUAAUUGGGCACCAGCACUAGACGCAAUAAAUGAUCUCGGAAUUCUGCCCCUCCGCGCAAAGGGCUCAGUACCCUACAUUCGCAACGCAGCUCAAUCUUUCGCAUCUCUACCAAGCGUAAUUUCACGAAACAUUGGACCACUAAUCAUCUGGAGCAUAACCUGCAUCGGCCGCGAACGCGAGCGACUCUUUGCAGGUGCCUAUGAGAACGAGAUUCGUCAAGCUCUUGCUGAGGAACUGUUGGCAAUGGCCAAGGAUCUGAUGCUAUUUGCGGGUAUGAUUAAGUAUAAGUUGCAACCGAGGGUUUAUGAGACCUUGGCCAGGGCGGGGGCCGAGAUUGGUGCUUUCUAA